AUGGCCCAGUCCCCGCCGGCCUCGCCCUCCCGCGCUGCCUUCAACCGUCCCGUCAGUCUCAUCAUGCGCCCGUCGCGGAGCAACAGUCGCAUGAGCGUCGGCAGCAGCACCAACAACAACAACAACACCACCACUACUACUAAUAAUAACAAACACUGCGGCAGCGGCAUCUCGGACGACGAUGCCAGGACGGCCGUCAAAGUCGUUGUCCGUGUACGGCCCCCCCUGCAGCAGUCGGACCCAGGCUUCGAUCUCAUCCCCCAGCGAUUCCAGCGGCCGACCGUCCAUGUCACCUCGCCGACCUCCCUCGCCAUAGACGCCCCCCAGGGCCGCAAGCUCUUUGUCUUUGACCGCGUCUUUGGUGAGACCGUCGACCAGGAGGGCAUCUGGGACUACCUGCACGACAGCGUCAACUCCUUCUUGCAGGGCUACAAUGUCUCCAUCCUCGCCUAUGGCCAGUCCGGAGCUGGCAAGUCGUACACCAUGGGCACCUCCGGCCCUUCAGAGCAGCACGACUCAAAAGCCAUGGGAAUUGUGCCGAGAGCGGCGCAGAUGCUGUUUGAGACACUGACCGGCUCACCCACACACCAGAGGAGCUUCUCGGGCUCGCCUGUCACUGGCCUGCGGACGCCCCAGAGAUACUCGUCGUCGUCCCUUGGCCGGGGUGCCGCCUCAGACAAGUCCUGGCAGAUGCGAGCUACCUACGUCGAGAUAUAUAAUGAACAAUUGAGAGACCUGCUGCUGCCAGAGUCCACUCCCCCCGGUGAGAGAAACACAGUCACCAUCCGCGAAGACACCAAGGGCCGCAUCAUCCUCACUGGCCUGCACCAGGUCGCCAUCAACUCCGUCGAGGACCUCAUCAGUGCCCUCAACUUUGGCUCGGCCAUCCGCCAGACUGACUCCACGGCCAUCAACGCCAAAUCUUCCCGCUCACACGCCGUCUUCAGCAUCAAUCUCGUCCAGCGAAAGGACAGCACUGCAUCCGCUACUACUGCUGCUGCUGCUGCUGGCAUGACCCCCUCUGCACAGGAGAAACGCUUCUCCAUACCCUGCUCAGAGUCCUCGGCCUCGGGAGACCUGGUCACUGUCGACAGCAAACUGCAUUUCGUCGACCUCGCAGGCAGUGAACGUCUCAAGAACACCGGUGCCUCCGGUGAGCGCGCCAAAGAAGGCAUCUCCAUCAACGCCGGACUCGCCAGCCUGGGAAAAGUCAUCUCCCAGCUCUCUUCCCGCCAGCAGGGCUCCCACGUCUCCUACCGCGACUCAAAGCUCACCCGUCUGCUCCAGGACUCCCUCGGCGGAAACGCAAUCACCUACAUGAUCGCCUGUGUCACUCCCCCCAGAUACGCCCAGCGUGCCCGCGCCAUUCAGAGCAAGCCUCGUAUCCAGCAGAUUUCAGACGAGAGCGACAAACAGGCUGUCAUCGAACGCCUCAAGGCCGAAGUGGCCUUCCUCCGCCAGCAGAUUCGUAACGCUGACGGCGGCGAGCGGGAUCGUCGCGCGCUCACGCCACAGGAGCGAUCUGACCGCCAGAACGAGCGGGAACGCGAGCUGCAGAACCACCUCCUCGACGUCCAGGAGAGCUAUACCGCCCUCAGCCAGCGCCAUGCUAAGCUCAUCUCAGAGCUCACCAAGGCUUCCAGCGACGGCACCGCUGACGAUGACGCCAAGAAUGCAGGAGGUGAUGCCUCCAUGGAGCGGCUCAAGCGCUCGCACUCAUUCGCCGAGUCCGUCGAGCAGGUUGUCAUGGAAUACGAAAAGACCAUCCAGUCCCUCGAGUCCUCUCUCUCCCAGACCAGAGCUUCCCUCUCCACCACAGAAAGCAGCCUGCUCGAGCGAGAGACAAAAUGCGCCUACAUCGAGACCGUCAACGGCCAGCUCCAGGCUCGCAUGCAGAAGAUGCUCGACCGCGAAGCCAACACCGAGAGCUACCUCCACGAUCUCGAGUCCAAGCUCGACGGCCAUGCCUCCGGUGAAGAGAAGAACGCUGUCAUCGUUGCAGAGCUCAGAAAGGAGCUCAACCGCGCCAGAGAGAAUGAAGCCAGCUGCGAAGACUACAUCUCUACCUUGGAGGAACGCCUCGCCGAAGCAGACCAGGACAUGGAACUCAUGCAGUCGGAGAUGGACCGCCUCGAGCAUGUCAUCGACCGCCAGCGAAGCCUGGGCAAGCUUGACAACCUCCUCUACGAACUAGACCAUGUUCAGAACGGUACUAAUGCUACCACCAAUGGCUUCAAGCCGGACUACGUUGGUGAUGGCAAGAAGAUGGCCUCCUCUGGCAACGGCAGCAGCAAUAUCAUGCGGCCCAAGAAGACCAGAAAUAGGACUCACUCGCUCGACGUCCUCACCGAAGCCGUCGAGACCGCCAUUCCAGAGUCCGACGAUGACUUGCUUCUAGCCGAAGGCUCUAACCCUUCGUCCAUCCAGGAAGAAACCGCUCUUGACCUUGCCAGAGACGACGCCGGUCUUGCCGCCCUCGAGCGAGCCACUCCAACCAACCCUACUUUUGGCAGAGAUGCCCGGGGAGACGACGACGACGAUCAUGAGCCAGAGCCAUACACGCCCAGCGCAGCUCAGUCCCAGUUCGUCGCCGAGAAGCUCGACAGCGUCACCCAGGAGCUGUUCGACCUGCGCAUCCAGCACGACCACUCCAUGAACGAGUAUGCCCUGCUCAACGCAAAGUACCAGGAGUCUCUGCGUGCCAUGGCCGAGCUCCAGGACGCCAUCGACGAGGCCCGUCACAGCCAGCGCUCCCAGAACCCGGUGCAGCCGGCCGUCGCUUUUUUAGACACCAAGGUCGCUCAGAACGGUCAAGUCAAGACCAACGGAACAGCCAACAGCAGAUAUUCUGUCAAUGGUGGACCGUCCUCGCGCUCGCUGUCUUCGGAGUUGUCCUCGGCAGAGCAGGCCAACAGCUCCUCUUUCGCUUCUUCCACUACUACGCAUAAAUCAGACCAGACGCACGCAUCAAGCGAUACUGAAGUCGAAGCCGAAGCAGAGACAGGAGAAGAGACCGAACUUGUCAAGAAACUCAAGGCAGAGCACCAGCAGGCCCUGGACGCUGUCACCAACAGGUUCAACGAACUCCAGAUGGAACACGAAGACAGCCUGACCCUUGUCGAGAGCCUCAAGGACGAAGUCAUCAAGUACAAGAACGCGGCCUCGUCUCCUCCACACACCCCUAACGUCAUCCGUCGCAUCACCAGUCAGAGCUUGAUGACAGUCGACCGCGCCCACAGGAACCUGUCGGCUCUCCGUAUCCAGGCCGCCGAGGAAUUUGAGGGUCGUCCUGAAACACUCCAGAGUUUCGACCAAAAAAUCGACUCAGCCCUGCGCGAGCUCAGCUCUCGCAUGGAACGUAUUCAGGCCCUCGAAGCUGAAAACAAAAACGUCAAAAAGGAAAUGGAGACCAAGGCUACCAUCAUCUCUGGCCUCACCAGAGAACGCUCGAGUCUGCAGUCUGUCUCUCCCGUCGACAUGACCGUCGUCUCCCAGCUACGAGACCAGAUCGUCAAUGCAGAGACCCAGAUGGCCGAGAUGAAGGAAGUGCACGAUGCAAAGGAGCGCGAGCUCGCGGAGGAACUCAAGUCAGUCAACGCUCUCGUCGAUACACAAAAGGCUGAGCUCGACUCCUUGCGAAAGGAGGUCGAUGAAUGGAAGAACAAACACCGCGAGACCUCUGAGGAGUUGGUCGCCGUCCGAGGCCGACUCGAAGCCUCAGAGAAACAGGUUCAUGCUACCAUUGCCGAGCUCGAGGCUUCCCUGGCCAACGUCGAUGCCAUGCGCGGUGACUCCAGCAGCAACAAGAAGGGCACUGUUUCCGCAGGUGAAGCUGCUGCUACCGCUGACGCGUUGGAGAAGGAGAGGUCUCGACACCAGGAGCUGGUUGAUAGUCUGAAGCAGGAGAUUGAUGGCCACAAGGCAACAAUUGGUGCCCAUUUGGCCAAGAUUGCUACUCUCGAAAACGAUCGUGAAGGCUCUCGUGCUGUAGUGGACGAUCUUGCCAGCUCAGGCGACGAAUUGGCUACUCACAAGGCUCGCGUUACCGAACUCUCCAGAGAUAUCGAGGUGCACAAGUCUACCGUUGAAGCCCAGCAGUCUCAGCUUGAGACUCUUCAGCUUACUCACAAGCGCGAAUUGCUCGAGCAGGAAUCCAAGGCCAAAGCCGCUGCCGAAGCACAGUACGAGUCUCAGCUAGCUGAAAAGGCCGCCGCUCACGAAUCUGCUCUUGACGAAUUGCGUGCCGAGCUCACCAAGUCCAAGGAUGAGUCUGCCCAGAUUCUCAAGACCAUCUCCUCCCUGCUCAAGAGCCAGAGUCCCGUCACUCCGUUCACCCUCCAAGACCAGCUGCAGGAUGUCCUCUCACAGAAGGACCAGUUCGCUGAGAAAUACUCUAAUCUUAUGGACACGAACGAGUCCUUGACCCGCCAGCUUGACGAGAAGGCCGAAACACACUCUACACUUGAGAAGCAGAUCGUCGACCUCAAGAACAAGGCCAACGAGCAUGAAAUGAAGGUCAAUGAUCUUGCGGUGCUGGUAGCCACGCAUGAAGAGGCGAUUGCAACCAAGGAGGCCACUAUCGAGGAGAUCAAGGCCGAGAAGGAGAAGAGCAUUCGUCUGGUCGAAGAACUGGAGGAACAGAUCACCUCUUCGUUUGAUCAGCAUAACAACCGACUCUCUGUCAUCCAGGCCGAGAAGAGCCUUGCCUUGGAAGAGGCAAAGGCCAAGAUUGCUGCACACGACAAGGAGAUCGAGACCUAUCGCACUCGUAUCGAACAGUUGGAGGCACAAAAUCGUCCAAUCUCGCCAGAAGGAGGCCACCCAGUCGACCGAAGCUCGAUGUCAACCAACCUCCGCAAGAGCUCAUCCGCAGCCUCUCUGCCCUCUCCACCCCCCGCCAUCCCUCUCCCGCCACUCCCCAACAUUGCCGCGGCCGCAAACCCAGCAAGCAUCUCUCCGCCCUCGUCCCGGCACCAGAGCAAGGAACUCGCCAACAACCAGUUCGUUGAGGACCAGGAAGCCCGCAUCCGCACCAUCGAGAAACAUCUACACGCCGAGAAGCAGCUCACCGCCACCCUGGAAGAAGCCCUCGGCGACCUCGAGGCUCAAAGCAACAAAGUCAAAUCAGACAUGGAACUAUGGAAGAAGAAAGCAUGGCAGCUCGAGGAAGAAGUCACCACCUUGCGAUCAGAGCGUAACUCUGCUCGUCUCUCCCUGCAGGCCGUGGAGGAGGAGAGAAGCGCGCGCAGAGAAGCAGAGGCUGCUCGUGCCCAUCUAGAAGAGAAGAUGAAUGCAAUCAGCAAGAAGAAGAAGAAGAGCACCCUCAACUGCUUCUAA